CAGCUGUGGGGUGGGGGGGACAGAUGUGCUGAUGGGGGCGCGGGUGCUGCACUGGGCAUUGGGAACCGGUUUCUUUUCCAGCCGCUCUCAGCUGAAGCACUGUCUCCCAAAUACUUCCAAGCGUACGUUGUUUUGGACAAGGCUUUGGUAAGUCUGUGUCAGUCACCUCCUCCUCUUGUUUGUUCCUCCUCUGGUUUCUCUGAGCACAAAAUGAUGCUGUUUGUGUCCUCUUUGGAGAAGUUACAUAUGGUGUGGGGAAAAAAAGAAGGAAAAUCCAUAGGUCCCAUUCACGUGUUUGCUGGUGGCCGUCAUCUCAGCGUUUCAGCCUUAUUCUGCUCCGUCGUGGCAAAUGCCUCAUGAGCUCCUGUGUCCUCUUGGGUUAUUUUUCAGUACGACUCCGUGGGGUCGGACAGGAACGCCAUGGCACAGAAGAUGAUCCAGGUCUUCAGCUCAGUCAGCACUGUAAGUGUUCAGUCUGGUUUGCACCGUAGUGAGGUGCGGGGGGACUGGUGUUCGUGACGGCUUUGUGUUUCCCAGCUGUCUUUGGUUUUAGGGGGAGGUUAGGUAAAGAAUUCCAGACAGAGGUCACCUGGGGGUGUCAGACACAGCCUGCUGGGAUCUGCCCCGCCGGUGCUGUUCCCGGUGGCUGUGGGGCCGUGUCACGGUGUGGUGGGUCCAUCCCACCAGCGUGGACGCGGAUGGUCCCCAGUCCUUGCGUGGUUCCUGCAAACCAAGCACAGUACACAGGACACGAGUUCGGCAUUGCCGGGAUCCUGGGGAGACUCAGCUGCAGAGACAGUGACCCUGAGCUGCCACCAGCCCAUGGAGCUCCCAUGGAAGCCUGGAGCAUCCGUGCAGCUCCGAGGGGAGCCAGCUCACAGCUUCUACCCACGGCAAUGAGCUUCCCUGAGCCUUCCCCACAGGUGGAUGCCCACAGGGAUGGAGAUCGGUGCUUCCUCCAUGACAACGCCUUAUCAGCAACCUUUAACCAUGUUUGCUCGGACGCGCCGGCCAUUGGGUGGGCAGACCUGGCUCCCCCCAGGACAAGGUUCGCUCCCGUAGCCGGGGCACGCGGUGCUGGCUCAGCACAUACCAGGAGCAUCGCAGCCAGUGCGUAUCCGCCGAGCCGGAGCACAUCCCGAUCCUGCACCGGCGCAGCUGAUGGAGGUCAAACACGGCACAGAGGAGACCCCGCUGCCCCUGGCACUGACCAGGUUUCAAGUCUCGGAGGAGUAUGGCUUCCUUCUUCCCGAUCCUCUGACACAGCUUCCAGCACCUUAUGCUCCCUGGAUGGAGAUUGCCCACCACCUGCCUCAGCUGAUCGCGAGCCACCGGCUCCGCUCACGCGUUCACCAGAUGCCGCAGCUCAGCACCCGGCACCUCCGAGGGCGCGAGGAGCUGCACUUGGCGCAUCUGGUGCUGAGCUUCAUCACGACGGGCUACGUCUGGCAGGAGGGUGAGGAGGGCACCGUGAAGGUUCUGCCUCGAAAUCUCGCUGUCCCCUUCUGGGAGGUCUCACAGGCCCUCGGCCUCCCCCCCAUCCUCAGCCACAUGGACUUUGUGUUGGCCAACUGGAGGAGGAAGAACCCUAAGGGGCCUCUGGAAAUCGAGAACCUGGACACCAUCAUCUCGCUGCCUGGGGGAGAGAGCCUGCGAGGCUUCACCCUCGUCACCCUCCUGGUUGAGAAGGCAGCUGUUCCCGGCAUUAAGGCGAUCGUUCAGGCCAUCUGCGCCAUCCGCCAGCGCGACGAGGAGACCCUGCGCAGAGCCCUGCAGGAGCUGGCAGAGGCCAUCGGGGACAUGAGCAAAGCUUUGAAACGGAUGCACGACUACGUGGAUCCAGCAGUAUUUUACGCUGUGAUCCGGAUCUUUCUCUCUGGGACUCGGGAAAGCAUUUGGGCAAAUCCAUCUGCCCACAAAGGCAUUCUGACCUCAGCCGAUGGCCACUGGGAUUUGAGGGCAUCAAUGCUGGUGCCGCUGCUGCCCAGAGAAGCGCUCUCCCCUCUCGCACCCCCAAAGCAGCUCUGUGCCUGCGAACCACGCGGCAACUGCCUUGUCGAGAGGUGGAAACACAGCCGGACAAGGGCAGAUUGUGCCGGGACCACGCCGUGUGGAGCUCAGCGCUGGAAAGAUAACCCCGCCAUGCCGGACGGGCUGAUAUACGAGGGGGUAUCCGAGGAACCCAUGGCAUACUCAGGAGGGAGCGCGGCACAGAGCACCGUCCUCCACGCUUUUGAUGAGUUCCUGGGGAUCCACCACAGCGAGGAGAGCACUGCUUUCCUGCACAGGAUGAGGGACUACAUGCCCCGUCCCCACAGAGCCUUUGUGGAGGAGAUCCGCCGCGUCCCCUCGCUGAAGCAGCACGUGCUCUCCUCCGGAGACACCCGGCUCUGCACUGCUUUCAACCAGUGCAUCUCCGCGCUGGCGGACUUCAGGUCCUACCACAUCGCUAUUGUCACCAAAUACAUCGCCGUCGCGGCGGCCAAAGCCAAGGCAGAGCUGGGGGGCAGGGCUGGACCCUCCACGGCGAAGCCCCCGUCUGCGCUGGAGGGCAAAGGGACUGGGGGGUCCCACAUCUUCAGCUUCCUGAAGAGCAUCAGGGACACCACCAGGGAAGGGAUGAUAAAUGCCUGACUUGUCCUGAGGGUUUGCAAGGCAACGCUCAAAGCGGGCGCAGGAGCCCAAAUGGCCCUAUGUUCGUGCCUGGGGCACACGAGCCAAAAGCGACCACAGCGACCUGCACUGAAAUCCUCCUCUCAACAGCCCCUUUCCCACUCACACACGUCUGGGACACGGGGAAUGCUCUGGGAAAUGGGGAACGCACCCUGGGCUGUCAAGGGAGGAGAGCACUGCUGUCGAUAACCCCCAAAAGGCAAGCAGUGAACAUCCUUCCACAGUAGUAGGAUGGACCCAGCAACCUUCUAUAGACCGAGGAUAGGUGCCACAUCCUUCCACAGCACCGGGAUGGGUGCAGCACCCUUCCACAGCACCAGCAUGGGUGCAGCAUCCUUCCAUGGCACUGAGGUGGACACAGCACCCUUCUGUGGUAUGGGGAUGGGUGCACCAUCCUUUCACAGUGCCAGGGUGGACACAGCAUCCUUCCACAGCACUGGGAUGGGUGCAGCAUCUUUCCACAACACCAGGGUGGACACAGCAUCCUUCCAUGGUACUGGGAUGGGCACAGCAUCCUUC